GCCUUCUAUUUGUUCAAUACGUUUACAAUCACACUGCUCUGUAGCUCAGUCUCCAGCCAUGUGUGUCAGACUAGCACCCCUACUCCUCCUCUCCAUCCUACAUCCUACACCGUCCUACACGGAGGAAGCCUCGUCCCACCCCACCGUCCUGCUGGCUAUACUCGCACGGUCACGUGCCCACAUCCUGCCCACGUGGUUGGGAUUCAUUGAGAACCUGAACUACCCUAAAUCUUCUCUAGCAGUUUACAUUCAGACAGAUCACAACCAAGACAACACUCCUCUAAUGUUAUCAGAGUGGAGCGACAGUGCGCGCAGUGUGUACCACGACAUUACACUCAACACACUAGCUCAGAUAGCUUACACACAGUCCCUGGGUCCUACUUCCUGGGACGAUGAGAGGUAUAUUCACAUGAUGAAGAUCCGGCAGAAUGUUCUAGAUCACGCCAGAAAGAACUCUCUACGAUACGUGUUCUUCGUGGACACGGACAACUUCAUCACAAACCCGGAAACUCUGAACGUGCUGCUGAGUAGGGAGAAGACUAUUGUGGGGCCUAUGUUGAGGGUUACCAACGAGGUGGCUUAUUCUAACUACUGGGCUGGAAUGACAAUGGGAGGAUAUUACAAGAGCAUUCCUGAAUACAAAGAAAUACUAAGACAAACUAAACUUGGCGCCCACCCUGUUCCCAUGGUACACUCUACUCUUCUAAUCGAUCUACACGGAGAAAACGCAGACAAACUCAAAUACUACCCCAUAGACAAAUCCUACUCCGGUCCAAUAGACGACAUCAUCCACUUCGCUCUAAACGCUAAAGCAGCGGGAGUACCCAUGUUUAUAGAUAACGAGCACACGUACGGGUACAUGCUAACGCGCGGGGAAUACAACACAGUGAGCGAGGAGAUAGUGGGGUGGCAGGAGUACUACGCAGACACGCUCCUCCUGCGCAUGGGCGUGGAACACUUUCCUAAAUCAGUGCACUUACAGAAUAAGAGACCUGCUCCUUCUAAGUUAGGGUUUGAUGAGGUGUACAUGAUUAACUUGGAGAGGAGACCGGAGAGGAGGAAGAGGAUGUUGGCUCUGUUUGAUAUGAUGGGGAUUGAUGCGAGAGUGUUCAAUGCUGUAGAUGGGAAAAAACUGGACGAUGAGAAGCUUAAGGAAAUGAAAGUUAAGCAACUAGACGGUUACCAAGACCCCUACCUAAUGCGUCCACUCAAGCUAGGAGAAAUCGGCUGCUUCCUCAGCCACUACUACAUCUGGGAGGAAGUGGUCGCUAAAAACUACAAACAAGUGGUCGUGCUAGAAGACGAUGUCCGAUUUAAACCCAACUUCAAAUCUAACUUAGCUGCUAUGAUGAGGGAGGUAGAUGAUCUGGGACUGGACUGGGAUCUCAUAUAUCUGGCUAGGAAGAUCCUGUACCACUCAAAAGAGAAGUGGGUACCGUUGUCCUCGAGGCUGGUGCUGCCUGAUUACAGUUACUGGACAGCGGGGUAUCUGGUGUCGCAGAGCGGCGCUAAGAAACUGUUGAGGCAGGAGCCUCUGACUAAGAUGAUGGCUGUUGAUGAGUAUCUUCCUCUUAUGUUUAAUAAGCAUCCAAAUAAAGAGUGGUCCUCAAACUUUGUACCACGUGACCUGAAGGCCUACUCCGCCUCCCCUCUGCUAGCGGAACCUCAAUUCUACAUCGGACAGACGGGCUAUCUUAGUGAUACCGAAACCAGUGAGAUCAUCGACCCUGAAGUGCUGGCACAACAGGAGAAAGAUGCGGCUGCAGCUAAGCAGGAACUAUAAUGUAGAUUAAAAUACAUCUGGAAUGUAUGGCACAAUAGGUAGAAUACUGAGAUUUGUUAUUAGCCAUUAGGUUUUAAUUAACUUUUGACAUUAUUGUUAACAUGACAGGCUUGGUAGCGAUGUAAUCCAUAAUUGCGAUAUCAAGUUUCAACAAGCAGUGUUGCUGGGUAAUUUAAAACCUUUUAAUAAUUUUUAUUUUUAACGGGGAUUAAGUUUUUAUCGAAAAAAUGCUUCUUCUUUUAUGCUUUCUUAAAGCAUAUCGUCGAAAAAGCAAUUGUUUCUAAUUGGAAAAUAAUCUAAAUUUAAAGUUUAAACCUUAUAAUUAUAAUUGUCAGAACUGUGAAGUAAGGUUCUACUGCGAUGGUAUAACAGCAACAUAUAGUGCUAAAUGGGCGACACUGUAAUAUAAGCGAUAGGUGGCUGACAUUAUCGCUGUUUAGCGACAUAUAUCGACACACGACCGACUUCGUCAUUCACGCCUGGGCGCGCCCGCUAGCGUGUGUUAUUGAGGCAGCGGGUAUGUCAAUUAGCUACACAAUUUUAGCAUACAUUUUACUUUGAUUCACUAGCAUUCGCUAGAUUUUGCUUACGCUUGUGCCGCCAUCUAGCGCUAGCUAUAUGGCGUGAAUGACAAAGUCGGUCAUAUGUCGAUAUUUGUCUCUAAACUGCGAUAAUUUCGGCUACCUACCGCCACCUAUGGCUAUUACAGUGGCGCUAUUUGGGCGACAAUGCCGGCUACCUAGCCGACAUUGUCGCCCAUAUUGCGCUAUAUGUUGCUGUUACACUAUCGCAGUAGAACCAGUAAUAUUAACCAUGCAUGUGACUGUUCCUAAGUUGAUUGUUUCAGUUAUUUUAUCUGUUAUCUUUUAUUGGUAUUAAGUUUUCUACCAUGUUCUACAAUUUGUAUCAAAACAACAAAAAUGUUUCACAUUAUCUUAUCUUUAUAUACAAAUGUAAUUUAACAUUAUACUAUGGGGUAUUUAAUCAAUGCGUUUUAUAAUUUUAUGAGUAAUAAAAAUAUCAUUUUACGUUUAAUUCCUGGUUUGAACUUUUCUUAGUCUUUACUAGUUGCACAGUUUAUUUUUUAAGUAAGUAUUACACUUGGAUUGUGAAUAUGUACUUGUUUUAUAAUCCGCUGUAUCAAUUUUUACCUUUUUAUGGAAAAAGCUAGUAAAUGAUUAUUCGGUCGUAUGAAAGGAGACUGAUGUCCCCUGUGCAUUCCUAAAAUGUGCACAUCAAUAUUAAAAUGGGUCUCAGUUAACAUUUUAGAUAUGACUACAAAAGAUUCCAAUCUCUUUAAAAACAGUGAACCACUUUUACAAUAAUAGCACAAUUCACUAUUGUAAGAAUCCUCAAAAUGUCCAAUUUUCUAUACAAAGUGUC